CGGUAAACCACAAGGUUAGGGAGAAACAUUGGAUCUCAGCAGCAUCUACCGCACUGAUAGAUGCUCGGAAACUCAUCCCAUCUGGCUCUGAACAUAACGAAGAGCGGAGUCAGCUUAAGCGCAAGCUGACAAGAAGUGUACGCAAUGACUGUGAACAGUGGUGGGUAGCGAAAGCAAGAGAGAUGGAAAAGGCAGCGGCAAUAGGUAAUAGCAGACAAUUGUUCAGACUUGUUAAGGAAACUGGGAUUAGAAACCCGACUGUUAGUGAAACAAUCUGAGAAAGAUGGAGAUAUUAUACAUUCUCAAUCCCGGAGAUUGGAUCGAUGAGCAGAACACUUUAGGGAUCAGUUCAACUGGCCUUCAGCCACACUUCGGUUUCCCAUGAUCUCUAGUCAACCUGAAUGGCAAGUUAAUGUAGGUCCGACUCUUUACGAAGUUGGAAAAGCUAUAGGAAAUCUGAAGCGAGGCAGAGCAGCAGGCCCUGACAGGCUUACUCCUGAUAUUUUUAAGGAUGGUGGUUCAGUAUUAGCAGUGAGAUUAACUGAGGUUUUAGAUAGAAUCUGGGAACUGGACGUAAUCCCAUCUGACUGGUCUCAAUCACUGAUUGUGCCAGUCUAUAAGAAAGGACAAAAGUACUCCUGUGACGAUCACAGAGGAAUCAGUUUGACUAAUAUAGUGUCUAAAAUGUUGGCUUCAAUAAUACUUCGACGCCUAAAUGAAGCUCGUGAAGAGCAGAUUAGAGAAAAUCAGGCUGGUUUUCGACCUGGACGUGGUUGUAUAGAUCAGAUAUUCACACUACGUCAGGUUCUAGAACACAGACACAGGUUUAGACGCCCCACAAUGGUAGUAUUUCUCGACCUUAAGGCGGCAUUCGACUCUAAUGAUCGUAAGGUUGUGUGGCAGUGUUUGUCACUGAAAGGAGUACCAAAGAAGUACAUUAACCCCAUACAGACUCUCUACUCGAACACAACUGGUCUAGUGAAAGCUUAUGGCGAACUGUCAUCAGAAUUGAUUACGUCAAGUGGUGUUCGUCAGGGCUGUCCACUCUCUCCUUUCUUGUUUAACUUUGUCGUUGACGUGCUUUUAGAGAUGACACUUUUCUUAUCUAAAUUUCCAGGGGUUGAACUUCUACCGGGAGGUUCACUUGUUGACUUAGAAUAUGCUGAUGACAUAGUUUUAUUUGAAGACGCUGACAAAAUGCAGUCUUCUGACCACUCUAAGCAACAAUGCAGGCACGUUCGGGAUGCGAUUCUCCCCCUCGAAAUGCAAAAUAUUGCUUCAGAAUUGGGUUGCAUCGACACCCGAACUAAUGAUAAGGAGUGAAGUAGUUGAGCGUUUCGACUGCUCCACUUAUUUUGGAAGUCUCGUCAGCCCUUUUGGUCUGGUGUGUGACGAAAUCUCAACACGGAUACAGGACGCUCGACUAGCUUUUGCCAACUUGCGUCAUUCAUGGCGUAGGCAAGAUAUCCGUCUAUCAACCAAAGGACGGGUUUAUUGCGCAGCAGUUCGUUCUGUCCUACUUUAUGGCAGUGAAACAUGGCCGGUAAGAGUAGAGGAUAUUCGUAAGUUACUAGUAUUCGACUAUAGAUGUCUUCGAAACAUUGCUCGUAUAUCAUGGGACCAUCGAGUAAGUAACACAGUUGUU